AAAAUUCAAAAUUUAAAAAAAUUUCCGGUUUAUCAAACGCGGAAUUAAUUUUGGUGCCGUUAAACCCGUCUCGCGGUGGAAACAUAUUUCCUGGAUUAAUUUUUUGCCCGUUAGGGCUCGCGUCUUCCUCCUACCGCAGCCUCUCGAGUCUUCCUCCUGCCGCAGCCUCUCGCAUCUUCCUUCUGCCGUUGCCUCAUCCGCUGCCUCUCACGUCUUGCUCCUGCCGCUGCUUCAUCCUACUGCUGCGUUGCUGCUGCUUCAUUCCCCUGGUUCAAUCCCCUGGGGGUGACACUCAGGGGAAGACUCUGUCAAUCUCCAUCAGCAAUUGGUGUUCAGUGUGAGUGAGAUGGCUAUACACAGAAAAUGCCAUGUACUAGUGCCCCACAGCCAAAAAUUUCUGGCUCCGCCACUGGGAACAAAUAUAGGUUGAGUGUGUUGUUCCAUUUUCUUCAUUGGGUUUUUGAAAAAAUGAGUGGCUGUUUUGCAAAAUGCAAAUAAAGGUUAGGAGCCGCUAUCAGAAAAUUUGCAGAGGAUUAAUUAUGUAGCACCUUCUAGAAUACUAGAACCGUGAGGGCACGGUGAAAUCCCAAGUCCUAACUAUGAAGUCCUGAAUUGUUGGUUACAACGGACGGUUGGAGAUGGGCGUGGAGUAAAUUGGAGAUUACUGAAAAUAGGAGACGGACAGACGGUAUCCCUGCCAGCUUCUUCCCGGCGCUACGUUUUGGUCGUCCGCCUUCAUCUCCGCCUCCCUCUGGCAGCCACUUUGCUCCAAUCUGUUCAUGGUAGUACCUGUCCGAAGCAAUGUCAAUUCUGGAUUCGUGCAAACAAGUUCUCAAGAUCCAGAAAUUCCGGAGGCUUGUCUCAUAUAGUGUAUUCUACUGCUUCGUGGCCACUCUAAGCUAUGCUUACACAAGUAACACUACAAGGGCAGGAAUUUCCAGAGGAGAUCAAUUCUAUGCUUCUUUUCCUGCUGGAACAGAACUGUUGACUGACACUGCAAAGCUGUACAAAGCUGCUCUCGGCUACGUGUUUGAAGAGGAGGAAUGGGGUCCCAUAGAGUUCUCUGUCAUGGCGAAACAUUUUGAUCGACAAGGGAAGUCACCAUAUGCAUAUCAUGCUCAAUACUUGGCGCAUCUUCUUUCUCAUGGACAACUUGAUGGAAGCGGUUCAUAAUGCUCUUGAUAACACACAAGUUGAAUUCAAUGCUGCAGACUGUUGCCGCUUUCUUGUACUAUUUACAGUUGCAAAAGUUAUAAAGAGUUGCUAGUGAGAAACUAUUGUCCUUCUGAGACAAUUAUAUGCAGCAGUUCAGGAUGUAGCUGGUAGUGGUUUUCUGUAAACUAUGCUUACUGAUAAAUUAGGAGAAGAUUAUACUUUGAUUAA